AUGUCUCCCCCAGCUGCCAUCUUUGAGCCCGCAGUGGCCCCAUCUCCCAGCCUGAAGGCCAAGGUUGUGGUCCCAGAGACUGUUCCUACCUCUGGAACCUCCCAGACUCACCUCCUUGACCACUUCGGCGGCAAGUGGGAUGACUUCAAGUUUGCUCCUAUCAGGGAGAGCCAGGUCUCUCGUGCUAUGACCAGACGCUACUUUCAGGAUCUGGACAAGUAUGCCGAGAGCGACAUUGUCAUUGUCGGUGCUGGCUCCUGUGGUCUGAGUACUGCGUACGUGCUUGCCAAAGCUCGUCCUGACUUGAAGAUUGCUAUCAUCGAGGCCUCGGUCUCUCCUGGUGGUGGUGCCUGGCUCGGAGGCCAGCUUUUCUCUGCCAUGGUCCUCCGUCGCCCUGCCGAGGUUUUCCUCAACGAGGUUGGCGUGCCCUUCGAAGAGGACCCUGCAAACCCCAACUUCGUCGUCGUCAAGCACGCCUCCCUCUUCACCUCUACCUUGAUGUCCAAGGUCCUCUCCUUCCCCAACGUCAAGCUCUUCAACGCCACCGCCGUCGAGGACCUGGUCACCCGGCCCUCCGCUAGCGGUGAUGCCAAGGACACCCAGAUUGCCGGUGUGGUUGUCAACUGGACCCUGGUCACCCUCCACCACGACGACCACUCUUGCAUGGACCCCAACACCAUCAAUGCGCCCCUGGUCAUCAGCACGACCGGUCAUGACGGCCCCUUUGGUGCCUUCUGCGCAAAGAGACUCGUGUCGAUGAACACCGUUGACAAGCUCGGAGGCAUGCGCGGUCUUGACAUGAACUCCGCCGAGGACGCUAUUGUCAAGAAUACCCGUGAGGUCGCCAAGGGUCUGAUCAUCGGUGGAAUGGAGCUGUCUGAGAUCGACGGCUUCAACCGUAUGGGGCCUACCUUUGGCGCCAUGGUGCUCAGCGGUGUCAAGGCUGCCGAGGAGGCCCUGAAGGUCUUUGACCAGCGUCAGCGCGAGUGUGCCGAGUAA